CUCGCCUCGCUCCACGCAGCUUCAAUAAGCCCAGAGGUUUGGAGCCUUGAUGGAAAAUUACCUUGUGACCAAGAGGGGAGGUCAGUACUCGUAGACGCUCCUGAAAAGCAGCAGCAGCAGGAGCAGGAACAACAGCAGCAGCAGGAGCAGCAGCAGCAGCAGCAGCAGAAGGAGGAUGGCUUGCGCGUUCGGCUGAUCGGAGGGCACCAGAGCUGGGUCAUGGAGAAAGUAAAAGGUCCCGUGGCAGGAUGCACCACUGCCACCUGUGGAUGGAGAGCCCUGCUUCUCCCGCAGCUGAACCGGCAGUCGCUGUACGUGUACGGCAGCGAGAUGGCCGUGGAGCAGGAGUGCAUGCGGCAGCUGCAGAGCGGAGUCUUUGUGAUCCAUCCGUUCAGCCUCAUGAGGAGCUACUACAUCAUGUGCAUGAUGGCCAUCACGUUCCUGAACCUGAUUGGCAUUCCCAUGGAGAUAGCCUUCGUGGAUGGAACCAGCGGGUUAGCCUGGGAAGGAUUUAAUGUGUUUUCAGACACACUCUUCCUGAUAGACGUGGCUCUGAAUUUCCGCAUGGGAAUCAUAGCAGAGGACGGCGAGGAAGCUAUUCUGGACAUCAAGCGGAUCCGACUUAGUUACCUGAGGACAUGGUUCAUCCCGGACGUGAUCGCUGCUUUCCCAAUCGGCUACAUCCUGCUGUUUGCGGACUUGCAGUACCACAACGACGACAACCCCUCGAAGACGAACAAGAUGAUGAGGAUCCUGAUGUUCGUGCGAAUCCUCAGCCUGAUCCGCCUGGCUCGGGUGUCCCGACUGGUCCGGUUCUUCAACGAGGUGGAGAAAGUGUCUAAUGCAAACCUGGAGGUGGUCCGCCUCUUCUUCCGCGUCCUGUCUCUGUUCAUGAUGAUUUUCCUGCUGUGUCACUGGAACGGCUGCAUCCAGUACUUUGUCCCCAUGCUGGAGGAGUUCCCCACCGACUGCUGGGUCCGCAAAGAGAACCUGAUGAAUGCCUCAGUGAGCGUGAAAUACUCCUGGGGAGUUUUCCGGGCUCUCUCCCAGAUGAUCGCCCUCUCCUACGGCUCCAUGGACGCACCAACCAAUUACGUGGAGAUGUGGAUCGUGAUGGUCAGCAUGGUGUCCGGAUGUCUGAUGUACACUGUCCUCGUGGCCAACGCUACGACCAUGAUCGCCAACAUCGACCCGGCGGCCAAAGAGUACAAGAGCAAGAUGAGCCGCUUGGAGCACUACAUGGCCUUCAUGAAGCUUCCACCAGAGCUGCAGCUGCGCAUCAGCAACUACUACCAGGCGCGCUACGGAGGGAAGUGGUUCCACGAGAAGGACGUCAUGCACACCGUGUCCUCUGCACUCAAAGAGCAAAUCCUGAUGGUGAUGUGCAGCCGGCUGCUGAGAAAGGUGCCGAUGUUUCAGAACAGAGAAGAAAACUUCAUCAACUCUGUGCUGCUCAAACUGGAGUACGAGGUUUUCCUGGAGGGAGACUGCAUCGUCAGGCAACACGUCCCCGGGGAUCGCAUGUUCUUCAUCGACCACGGCCAGGUCCUCAUGGAGACCGACUCCUACGACCGGGAGCUGUGUGACGGAGACUUCUUUGGAGAGACGUGCGUGCUGACUAAAGGCAAGCAUCUGGCCACGGUGAAGGCGCUGACCGACUGCCAGUGCUUCUCUCUGUCCUGUGACGACUUUAAGGAGGUGCUGCUGUGCUUCCCGGACGUCAAGAAGGAUAUGGAGCAACUGGUUGAGCUCAACUCAGAGGAGGAGCUUCUGUGAGACCAAAAAACAGUUCUCAGGACCUUUUCUUUUACUGAAAAUGAGAUGCGGACAUUUCCGGGACAUUUUGUGCGAUUGUAAGCGGACGAUAAGACUGAGGCGGAUCCCUCGUGUGGACAGGAGUUGAACAAUUAUUCGCUGAUGAGAUGGAUAGUUGUAGAGCAUUUUAUUCUAACUGAUAACUCUUCUGAUAUAUCAGUUAUAUAAGCAAUAAACUAAAGACCUCAACCGUAAAGACGGGUCAAAAUA